UUGUUAACUCAAGCCGCUGUGCAAAGGACUGAAAUCGACUGAAGAGCCAGCGCGCAGGACGGCCUCAUUCAACGGCAGCGGGGAUGACUAGAGAGAAUGUACAUUUAUCAUUCAGGUGUAUAGUUGAAGAAUAGUAGACUGUUACAGUGAUGGAUGUGAGAGAUGCUGCAGGAAGGUGGGAUGCUCUGGGCAGUCGAGACUCGAGCUCCAGACAGGCAGCGAUGGAGCUCAUUCACCAGGAGGUGAUGAAGAGAAUAGAGACCAUGGGGCCGAUACCAGACCCGCAGUCCUCCUCUCCCCCAGCCAUGGAUGACAGUCUGUCCAGUGAUCUUAAUGCUCUGCUGGCUCAUGUCCUGAUGCUCUCCAAACAGUGUCCUUAUGAAGAUGUCCGGGAGAAAUGCAUAUGUUUGCUCCAGAAAGUUCAGGACGUUGGAGUGCGAAUCCCCAGACUGGUGGGAAAUGGACCAAGUAGAUUCAUUCCAGAGAAAGAGAUACUUCAAGUCAGUAAAUUGAAUGAAAGAAUACAGUCGAUUUUUGAGGACGCCUUCGCAGUGCUCGGUCGCCUUGACAACAUCUCCUUGGUGAUGGGGUUCCAUCCUCAGUAUUUGGAGAGCUUUCUUAAGACUCUGCAUUACCUGCUUCAGAUGGAUGGUCCAUUGUCUCUGCACUGCAGACAUUACAUAGGGAUAAUGGCUGCCGCUAGGCACCAGUGCACGUAUCUGGUCAACCUGCACGUUAAUGACUUCCUGCAUGUCGGAGGUGAUCCCAAGUGGUUGAAUGGUCUGGAAGAAGCCCCACAGAAGCUGCGGGCUCUUGGAGAGCUCAAUAAGAUCCUGGCCCAUCGCCCCUGGCUGCUCACCAAAGAACAUAUUGAGCAUCUACUGAAGGCAGAGGAGCACAGUUGGUCCCUGGCCGAGCUGAUCCAUGUUGUGGUGCUACUCACGCUCUAUCACUCUCUGGCCUCCUUUACGUUUGGAUGUGGCAUCAACCCUGACAUCAACACAGAUGGAGGACAUACGUUCAGGGUGCCCUCGCUCAGUGGUUACUGCGUUUGUGACAUUGCCAAUGGCAACAGCACCCUGGAGGAAAUGUUUGGAAACCAGCAGGUGUCUGAGUUCUCUGGUGAGGUUGAAGUACUGAUGGAGAAGAUGAAGCAGCUCCAGGAAUGUCAUGACGAAGAGGAAGCCAGUCAGGAGGAAAUGGCCACUCGUUUUGAGAGGGAAAAAACAGAAAGCAUGCUGGUAGUCACCUCUGAGGAUGAGGAGUGUGUACCAUCCAGAGAUGUUUCACGACAUUUUGAAGACCUUAGUUAUGGCUACAAAAACUUCUCCAGGAGAGGAGAACAUGUACCCACUCUCAGAGUGCUGGACUAUAGUUGGGAGGAUCAUGGAUUUUCCCUGGUGAAUCGGCUGUAUCCAGAUUUUGGACAGCUUCUAGAUGAAAAGUUCCAGAUCGCAUACAAUCUGACGUACAACACAAUGGCAACACACCAGGGUGUGGACACUUCCAUGCUUCGUAGAGCCAUCUGGAACUACAUCCACUGCAUGUUCGGGAUUAGGUACGAUGAUUAUGAUUAUGGAGAAAUUAACCAACUGUUAGACCGCAGUUUUAAAGUCUACAUCAAAACUAUGGUGCGCACUCCAGAGAAGAUCACCAAGAGGAUGUAUGACAGCUUCUGGAGGCAGUUCCAGCACUCUGAGAAAGUCCACGUUAAUUUGCUUCUUAUGGAAGCGCGCAUGCAGGCAGAACUGCUCUACGCUCUGAGAGCUAUCACUCGCUACAUGACAUGAAGUGCUGUUCUUGUCUACCUUUUUAUUUUAUUUUUUUACUGUCGUUGAUGUUUGACACUUCAAUAAAUGUAAAAAUUACAAAAAAAAAGGAAAAAACAAAACUGAGGAAGAACAACAACUGGUGGGUGUGGAGGACGAUGACAAGGUUGUUUUGUUAAAAGAAGGAAAAAAAAAAAAACUGUCAACUGAACCUACUUGUUGAAUCACUUGUGUGGCUGCUCAGCCUGCAGUGCCAACACUGGCCACUGGCUCUGAGAAGAAUCCCUCUAGUGUGUAAGAGGACAAGCUGAGACUGCGAGCUUCUGGAGGCCAGACUUCCUUUAGUAUUUCAAAUGCAUCUGCGAUAAGAUGCCAUGUAAUCAUAUCUUCUUUAUGUGAGAUAAAAAAAAACAAAUGUGAAAAACAAAUAGGAACUCCAGCACCAGUGCAGAAAGACUGCACUGACAAGACUAUCUACUAGCGUUUUUUUUUUUUUUUUUUUCAUAUCGUUUUAUAUAGUUUAUUUUUAUUUUUUCCAGCAGUGGCUAGAGAUAGAAGCAUUACUGUUUUUGCAUAAACGCGUGCCUAGUCAUGCACAGCACUGGCGAAAGAUGCUUAGGUGCCGUCUGUUCAUGCUGCUUUUCUCAAUUGAGAGGCCCUUAAAACCCAAACCAUCACCCAUUUAUAUAAGCUAAUCCAGGAACGUUAGUGUGAGAACGCAAUUCAAAAGUAAUAGCUGUCUGAGCCCUUGUUAGAGUUUACUGUAAGACACCACUUUGUUUCAUUAGGACAUUUCCAAUGGGUGAAUGCUAUGAGGGUAGUAGAGAAAAAAAUCCAAACAUAGGCUCUUUUAGGGGUGUUCAUUUAUAAAAAAUAUCAAAGCACUUUUUUUGAAAAAUGUUAAGCUUCAGCUGUUAUGUAGCCAUUUUGUUUUGAUGACCGUUUUCUAUCUUUUUUUUUUAUUUGUGUUGGCAACUUUCAAAGUGGAAAGGUCUUCCUUUUGUGAUGUGCUUCCUGUUGCUCUGAUCCAUCCGCCUUAUCUGUCUUCCUUUUAAUGCAUGGUCAUCUUAACUCCUUGUUUUUAUUUUGGGGUUUAUUAAACUAAAUACCUCCUGUUGUGUAUCCUUAAAUAUCUAAGUGCUGUCUGGUGAGCAGAACAGAGCUAAACGGUGAACCAGGCAAUCCGCACGACUGCACGGUUGUGGGGUUAAACCAUGCUUGUUCUUAUUAUCAGAACUUUAACCAGUGUAACUAAGCAAGUUUUGUUUUGAGUGUGUGUGUGUGUGUGUGUUUUCUUUUUAAGCGGGGUGGAUUCUCUGCGGUCUUUUUUUGUUUACUAAACCAGUUAAGUACUGCAUUCUGAUGAUGGCAGGACUAGAGGGAUGGUACUUUUUCUUUUGGAGGAGGUUUUAAGUCAGACUUGAGAGACUGAUGUCAGUUACUGACAAUUUUAUAAGAAAUUAUUUGUAAAAAAAAUAAAUAAAACAUGGUAUUUCA